AUGAAGCUCUCUAGUGGGGUACAUGCUUGUCUCCUUGGCUUUCUUACCCAGUAUGCUGCGCUGUCGUGGGCGCUAUCCGGAGAGGCGAAAGCGAUGGUGGAAGACUCAAUGGAGUGGAUGGACAGAUUCUACGACCCAAAAAUUGCACAGCUAUAUGACCUCGAUUCUAAGGCGGCAAUGAACCAUGAGACAUUAGCCUCUACAUGGUAUGCGGUCGGACUUCUUGCACGGAACGGCGAUGGUGAUGUCUCGAGGGCUGAGGAUGUCAUAAAAUACGUUAUCAAGGACCAGCAUAACAACCCCAAAGACUUGUGGUAUGGCGACUAUACGCGAGAGCCGGGGGAGCCAACUGUUGGAACACCAUGGUACCCUGCCCGCAUGUAUGGAUCGUGGGACCCGAACUGGCGAGGAUUCGUCGGUCUCAGCUUCAUCACUAUAUACGAAGAGUUCGGAGACCUGUUGUCUGACGAUUUGAAGGGGCUUAUGCUUGAAAGUCUACAUAACUGCAGCAUUGGCGACUCAUACCGCGAGGGUGGUGUCAACGGAGAUAACCUCUAUCCAUCUUACAGCAACCCUGCAAUCAUGCGUGCAAUUGGGACAAGCUGGACCGGUCGCCAAACAGGCGAUGACAAUAUGACACAGGCUGGAGAGGAUUAUGCGAAGAAGAUCAUCGACCUCUUUGACAUGCAUGACACGCUUUCUGAGUUCAACUCGGCGACUUACACCGGCAUUUCGCUCUUUGGCCUUACACUAUGGUGUAAGUAUGGUCACGAAGAUAGUAUUCUCUCCCAAAGAGGUCCGGAUCUUCUGCGCGGUGUUUGGAAUUACACAUCGCAACUCUGGAAUCCAGCGAUGCGAAACCUCGCUGGCCCAUGGGACCGUUCCUACAUGUUCGACAUGACCAAGUCUCUCGGCAUCCUAUCUCACUUUCUCGCACCCAUUAUCGGUAGAAAGGAGGCAGGUGUAUGGCAGUACCCGGAAGUAAUGAGCCAUGCCCGUGACUGGGCUUGGGCACCACUCAUUGCCGUCCACUCGAAAUUCCACAACUCAUUGCUUUCUGAUGAUCUUAAAGAGUCACUGAAGAAAUUUGAUGGAGAGAGAACAUACACAGGGAAGGCCUACUAUCCGCCAUACGACCUUAAUACUCGCAAUAUUACGACGUGGCUUAGCGAGUCCCUGAUGAUCGGAGCUCAGUCGUAUCGGACCAAGAGCGCAAACGGACCGUCGAAUAACAAGGCUCAGUUCCAUCCCGCUGUUGCACAUUGGUCUUAUGGAGAUGAUAACAUCGGAUGGCUUAGCCUCCGUCCUACCGAAGCCCACGUCCUGAUGGAGGUCUCGCCGAAGAGGCUGAAGGUGACUUACCCUGAGGGGAGUAGCAGUUCUGUAUUCACUUUUGCAGCAUCUCCCUCACUUGCGAAGAGGGAUGUCCAGUCAUGGGCUGACAUUCAAGGCAUUUCGAUCUCUGUCUCUGGAAAUGCAAAUCCCGAGCCGGAGGUCACAUUCGCUGGCCGGUAUGGGGGUUCGGGAAGUCCGAUUUACGAUUUUAAUUAUUGGACUAUGGUGCAUACUAUGCCUCCUGGAUUUAAGGGCGUUCCUGAGAUUAUCAUUGAGUUUGAAUAA